AUUGUGAAGCAGUCUGGCAACAUGAAGAAAACUAGUAUGGUGAAUCUUGACAAACUUUUAGAAGACUUCUCACAUAUAGAAAUGAAAAUGUCAGAACUUCAUGGGAAAAAUCAUGUUCUGAAUCUUGAGUUGGACAAAACAAAUAAAUUGCUAACAAUAAGCCAAUCAAGGGAAGAGAUGGCUAAACGAGACAGUGCUACAUUCCAGAAUGUGAUUAAAGGUCUUCAACAAACUAUAGAAGACCAGUAUAAUUUGAGAGAUGAAAAUGAGAAACUCAAAAACACAGUCCAGAUUUUAGAAGAGAAAUCGAAGACUCGUGAAAAGGAACAUGAAAAUAUGGUUGAUAAACUCAUUAUGGAAAUAAAAAACAAGGAGAAGGAACACAACCAUGAACAGAGCAAACUUCACAGCGACAUGAACAAGCAACUUGAAAGCAAGAUGGAAGAGCAUAAGAAACUAAUGGAGAAGAAAGAUCUAAAGAUUUUAGAACUAACUAAACAACUGAAAGCUCAAGAAAAGGAAAAGCAGAAUGAGAUAAUCAAAUUACAAAUAGAGUUCAAUACUAAACUGGAAAGGCUGCAGACCAAAACACUGAAAGUACAGGCUAACCCCACAGCACUCCCUCAAAAUAUCUAUAGAAAGAAGCUGCAGCAUCUUCAAGAAGAAAAGAAUAAAGAAACUGAAAUUCUUCGAAACAUUAUCAAAGACUUAGAACAAAAGCUUGACAAACGUAAAGAUUGCUAUUAUAAACUGCAACAAUUUUGAGAAUAACA